CUUCGUCGUUUCAGAGGAGAGAAGCACGAAGAGCAACUUGCGAAACGUCAUCAGGACCAACUCGAAUUGUUGGAACGUGAAGCUGCUAAGGCUUUGGAGCAGGAAGAGGCGAAUUUUAAAGAAGAUCAGUUGUCAUCCAAACCAGCGUCCGUGGUGUGA